GCUACAUUGCACCCUCCGAACUCAGUCCAAUCCCGAAUGUCGAGCCCAGGCUUCGCCCAGGCCCAGUUCGUCGCGGUCAUGUUCUACAGCCUCCUGUCAGCCCAAUCUCUACGCAAGCUCUUAAGGCCGACUGAGCUGACGGAUCAAGCGGACCCAUGUUUCCCUGCCCGGUGCAUUUACUCUGAUCUCGCCUCCUCUUGAUGAGGUUCUGUGCAGGCCAUCUGGCCACCCUUUUCUUUCUGGUCCAGAGCUGCUACUCCAGUCCCUUUGUCUCUCCUACGGCGAACAGCACGGGCAGCUACGUGAUGAAGAUCAAACGCUCUGUUGGCCGACCCCUUCUGCAGCGCAGUGUCGACGGCCCACAUGUGUUCGACCCUACCUAUGCGGUAGAUGAGCUGAACGGACUUCUCGGGAAAUACGCGAACGCAGAACAAUUUCUUUCUGGCAUGGGUUUGAACCCUGACGCGCAUCCAGAGAAGGGAUAUGAGCCGUUCACUCACCCGCUCAUCGGUGCUCUGAACAGUACGAAUGCGACGGUCACUAAUACUACCCGGAAUGCCAACGCCACAGGUACGGCCCGCCCGAGCACCAACACGACUACUGCAAGUAAUAGUACGGGAAAUGCUACUCUCGCGGUGUCUCAUACGCACUUCCUCCUCUUGCCCUUGAUGGACGACGACACGGAUCAGCCGCAACCGAUCGUGCAAUUUCCUGGUACGGCGCAGAUGCCAUUGACGGACGACGUUGCCGGUGGCAUGGACAUCCUAUACUACGGCAAUCUCGAGUUCGGCUCGCAUGGCCAAGGCCUCACCGUCGACGUCGACACUGGCUCUGCAGACCUCUGGGUGCCCGUCACUGGCUGCCGAACCUGCGGCGGUGACCCCUUCCGUUCAUACGACAGCACCUCCUACCGGAACUUCGGCCAGCGGUUCUCCGUCUCCUACGGCGCGGGCAAGGUCUCCGGCACGCUCGCGCAGGACCUGGUAAGCGUCGGCUCGCUCUCCGUUGCGCAGCAGGCGUUCGGCGCGGUGAAGAGCGAAUCGGAGGACUUCUACGACGCCCCGUCCGACGGCCUGCUGGGACUGGCGUUCGGGAGCAUCGCGCAGAGCAAGCAGCCUACGUUCUUCGAGAAUCUGAUGAUGUCGAAGCAGGUCGCGGGUGGUGCGUUUGCGGUGCACUUGCAGAGGGACCAGACGGUCGGUGGUGAGGUGUGCUUUGGGUGCUUCGAUACUACGAAGGCGAUUGGACCGAUCACAUGGAGUCCCGUCGUGUCACGCACGUAUUGGUCUCUCGAGCUCGAGUACCUAGCAAUCAAUCAAUGGCAAGGCGUCCCUGCCAACUUGACAGCAGCUAUUGACACAGGCACGACGUUGAUCUACGUCCCGGAUGACGUCGCAUCUCGGCUUUACGCUCUGAUCCCAGGCUCAAAACAUGCCGCACAGUACGGCGCAGGCUUCUACACGUAUCCCUGCGACACUCCCCUCGCUGUGACUCUCAGCUUCGGCGGACGGGCCUACGGCGUUGACCCUGCCGACUUCAAUCUCGGCCGGACCUCGGCUGAGUCUCCGGACUGUGUGGGCGGCAUCCUCGCACUCGGACAGGGUUUCCCAGACAACCUUGCGAUCAUCGGGGACGAGUUCCUGAAGUCUUGGUACUCGAUAUACGACUAUCCGGGGAACCGAGUCGGCUUCGCAUUGAGUGUCAAUAACAAGGAUUCACCGGAUUCACCGUAGCUACGUUAAUGUUGUCGUUGUCGUUUUAGGAGUACCAUGCGUCGCAAUGGAUGAUACUGUCUUUGCGCGAA